GGGAUGUUCCUGAGAUCUCGCAGCGGCCAUUGUUUCCGAGCAUCGCAGUUUGCACCGGAGACGACGUCUUUCUUGCGGCUCGCUUCAUUCAUUGCCGAUCAAGGAUGGCAUCAAUGGGAACCGUGACCGUCUCCAACUUUGUAUCGAGGAGUUCUCUCGUCAUUAGUCACGGGGCUUCAGGCUCAGAGACCAAAACGAGCCUAUCACAGGUUGACCUGAGGAACCAAGCAGAAACUCACAAUGGAUUGAAAUCCUUGAACAAAUUGGAUGUGUUGCGGAAGAAAACCGCUGUAACUGCAAUUUCCAGGACAGCCAGUAGAAAAACUGACGAACUCGGUAAAACUGGUGGGAAAAUUGUGUGUGCACAAGGGAUGAACAUGGUGUUUGUGGCUACUGAAGUUGCUCCAUGGAGCAAAACUGGUGGGCUUGGUGAUGUUCUUGGAGGAUUGCCUCCAGCAUUGGCUGCUAGAGGACAUCGUGUCAUGACAAUAACUCCUCGCUAUGAUCAGUACAAAGAUGCUUGGGACACUAAUGUUACAGUUGAGGUACAAGUUGGGGAUGAAAUCUUAACUGUACGGUUCUUCCAUUGCUACAAACGUGGAGUUGAUCGAGUAUUUGUUGAUCACCCAAUGUUUCUGGAAAAGGUUUGGGGCAAAACUAAAUCUAAACUCUAUGGACCUAAGGCAGGAGUAGAUUAUGACAACAAUCAGUUGCGGUUUAGCUUAUUGUGCCAGGCUGCUCUGUUAGCACCUCUGGUUCUAAAUUUGAACAGCAACAAGUACUUCUCAGGACCGUAUGGGGAGGACGUUGUAUUCGUUGCCAAUGAUUGGCACACAGCUCUUCUUCCAUGUUACCUGAAAACCAUGUAUCAAGCAAGGGGAAUUUAUGGAAGUGCCAAGGUUGCUUUCUGCAUUCACAACAUUGCUUACCAAGGCAGAUUUGCCUUCUCAGACUUUUCCCUUCUGAAUUUGCCCGAUCAAUUCAAGAGUUCCUUUGACUUUACUGAUGGGUAUGUCAAGCCUGUGAAAGGAAGAAAAAUCAAUUGGAUGAAGGCUGCAAUAUUGGAAUCAGAUAGAGUGCUGACUGUUAGUCCAUACUAUGCCCAGGAACUUGUUUCUGGAAUUGACCGGGGUGUUGAAUUGGAUAGCAUUCUUCGUUUAACCACUGUUACUGGUAUUUUGAAUGGCAUGGAUGUACAAGAGUGGAACCCUACCACUGACAGAUACAUUCCUAUCAAAUUCAAUGCUGAAACUGUUGCCGAAGCUAAAGCUCUUUUGAAAGAAGCUCUUCAAGCAGAAGUUGGAUUGCCCGUUGACAGGAACAUCCCUCUGAUAGGAUUUAUUGGUAGACUAGAGGAGCAAAAGGGAUCAGAUAUCCUAUCAUCAGCCAUUCCGAAGUUCAUUCAUGAAAAUGUCCAAUUGGUGGUCCUUGGAACUGGCAAGAAGUACUUAGAACAACAGCUUGAAGAGCUAGAGAUCAAAUAUCCUGACAAGGCUAGAGGCGUGGCAAAAUUCAACGUUCCUUUAGCACAUCUUAUAAAUGCUGCAGCUGAUUUCUUGAUCAUUCCAAGUAGAUUCGAACCCUGUGGUCUCAUCCAGUUGCAAGCUAUGCCUUAUGGCACAAUUCCUUUGGUAAGCACAACUGGUGGACUUGCCGACACCGUUAUUGACGGUUAUACAGGGCUCCAAAUGGGUCCUUUCAGUGUUGAAUGUGAAACGGUUGAUCCAGCUGAUGCAGCUGCAAUUGCUAAAACUGUAAUAAGAGCUAUUGCGCUCUUCGGCACCGCUGCCCACAGAGAAAUGAUACAGAACUGUAUGGCUCAAGAUUUCUCAUGGAAGGCUCCUGCUAAACUAUGGGAAAAACUGUUGUUAAGCUUGGGAGUAGAUAACAGUCAACCUGGAACAGACGGAGAGGAAAUUGCUCCUCUUGCCAAGGAAAACGUUGCCACCCCCUAAGGAAACUGGCAAAAGUGGUAUGUCAACAUAAUUUUCCAGUUUCUCUUAGUAUAUGCCAAUUGCUUGCUAAUGGAUAUGGAUACGAAGAGGAAGAAGAAGAGGAGAGUUCUGAAGCAGUUGUUUGAUGUAACAAAUUCAGCUUCCAGCAGGUGAAAUGGCCCUGGAAAAUUGAGGCCACUCUCCAAUUGAUGCUGCUUCUCCUCAGGACAUGAGAGCCCUGUGAUCGUUGUGUUCUGGCAAGGAAAAAAGAAUCAGAAAAUAAACUACAUUUGCAAAUUUUUUGCUUUUGAACUUUUGUUGUAGAGUGCAAGUAAAUAGUAUGGUAUAGUGCAUCCUGUAGUUCUGUUCUUCAGCCUCUUGCAAAUUUGCUUGUGGAUAGAUCUAAAGGGUGUUUCUUGGAAAUAACUGAUGAUACCAAUUUAAACAAAAUUGGCCAAAAAUUAUUUUGUUUUAGUACAAAUGUGGUUCGGGAUUCGAAUAUCUUACCUUUCUCUUUGAAAUGAGGAGUAGUUAUCACAACCUCAUAUUUAUUUGGACGAUGGUGUAUAUCUUCAUCAUGUUAUUUAUUUA